ACUUCCGUCGGAACUUCCGGGGGAAGCGGAAGCGGAAGGGAAGGGGAGCGGGCGGGACGCGGCCCGGGCGGGCUCGGGGCGAUGUCGGCCAGCGCCGUGUAUGUGCUGGACCUCAAGGGGAAGGUUCUGAUCUGUCGGAAUUACCGCGGAGAUGUGGACAUGUCAGAGGUGGAGCAUUUUAUGCCGAUCCUUAUGGAAAAGGAGGAGGAGGGGACGCUUUCCCCUAUCCUAGCACACGGAGGAGUUCGUUUCAUGUGGAUUAAACACAACAACCUGUAUCUUGUUGCAACAUCUAAGAAGAAUGCAUGUGUAUCACUUGUGUUUUCAUUUUUAUAUAAAGUAGUUCAGGUUUUUUCUGAAUAUUUCAAGGAGUUGGAAGAAGAGAGCAUUAGGGAUAAUUUUGUUAUUAUUUAUGAGUUGUUAGAUGAGCUUAUGGAUUUUGGGUAUCCACAAACCACUGAUAGUAAAAUUUUACAAGAGUACAUCACUCAGGAAGGUCACAAACUUGAAACCGGAGCCCCACGCCCGCCUGCCACUGUUACAAACGCUGUGUCAUGGAGAUCAGAAGGCAUAAAAUACAGGAAAAACGAGGUCUUCCUGGAUGUCAUAGAGUCUGUUAACCUCUUGGUGAGUGCCAACGGGAACGUGUUGCGGAGCGAGAUCGUGGGCUCCAUCAAGAUGCGGGUGUUCCUGUCGGGAAUGCCGGAGCUGCGCCUGGGGCUCAACGACAAAGUCCUCUUUGACAACACGGGCCGUGGGAAAAGCAAAUCAGUAGAACUGGAAGACGUGAAGUUCCACCAGUGCGUUCGUCUCUCCCGCUUCGAGAACGACAGGACCAUCUCCUUCAUCCCCCCUGACGGGGAGUUUGAGCUCAUGUCCUAUCGUCUCAACACCCACGUAAAACCCCUGAUCUGGAUCGAGUCUGUGAUUGAGAAACAUUCCCACAGCCGCAUCGAGUACAUGAUCAAGGCAAAAAGUCAAUUUAAACGUAGAUCAACUGCCAACAACGUGGAGAUUCACAUCCCAGUUCCAAACGACGCCGACUCGCCAAAGUUCAAAACCACUGUGGGAAGUGUCAAAUGGGUUCCAGAGAACAGUGAGAUUGUCUGGUCCAUUAAAUCUUUUCCAGGUGGAAAAGAAUACCUGAUGAGAGCUCACUUUGGACUUCCAAGUGUUGAAGCUGAAGACAAGGAAGGAAAACCUCCCAUUAGUGUCAAGUUUGAGAUUCCCUAUUUCACCACUUCAGGAAUCCAGGUUCGUUACUUGAAGAUAAUUGAGAAAAGUGGCUACCAGGCCCUGCCAUGGGUCAGGUACAUCACCCAGAAUGGAGACUACCAGCUCCGAACACAGUAAAACACCUCACAGGCACCACAGCCAACAAAACUUCAGGCCAAGAAUUCCUUUGCAGAAGCUUCUGUGGUCCUGAGAGCUGUGAAUGUUGUUGCCAAGGGUCUCGUUUCUGCAAUCUUGGAUUGGCAGGAGAAAAGAUUGGAGAUUUAUUGUUUUCAAUAAUGUGUUUGAGCUUUUGAACCAUUAGUAUUGAUUGUGUGAGUAUUUAUUUCGUUCUUAGGACAUGCUGAUCUUGCUGCUAAAUGCUAAUUUACUUUAGGAGUAGCAGUUACCUUGAGGAGCCAGGAAUCCAGAAAGAACCUUGAGAAUGUCUUGUCGAUGCCUUGUCCAUUACAGUCACAGAGUAUUUGUAUUUUAGGAUCUCUAAAGAUAUUGGCAGAGUUGUGCUACAAAUUAGGGAGGUGAUUGUGCAAUUAAAUGACUGCUGAACACUUAGUUGUAUUUAGCCCAAGGUAUUUAUUUUUUUCUGGGCAUUUGGGUGCCUUAACUCAUUCAAAGCUCUGUUAACUUAUAAAAAAAAAAUUACAGAAUAUGAGUUGAAAUUAUCUGAAGUCAAAAAAAUGCUAUUUGCUGGUUUUGCAUGGUUUCAAAGGAAUUAGUCUGAGGGAACAGCUUCAAGUGAAGGGUUUGGAAACAAAAAUAGGGGUUUGUGAAAGUCUGAGUUAACUGAGUACAGGAGGAAAUGUCUGUGGGAAGGUCUCUGUGGAAGCAGGGGGAUUGCUGGCUCCAGUCAGGGAAAUGCAGAUGGAAAAGUUCCCACCCUGGGGCACCCCCAGGGCCUGGAAACCCUCUGCCAACUGACCAGUAUUUGCUCUUUUUAUUCCUGUUCAUUAACACAAGUUCCAAACUGUGAUGUGUAGGCAUAAAGCCUGGGACUAACUGUUAAAAGACCAAAACAAUUUUAGAGGUGACGAAUUUUGGAGGGAAUAUUGGAGGUUUAUUAUUAUUUUUCCAGAUCAUAGUAAUAUACUCCAACCUCUUCCUGCAAUUUGUUGUUUAUGAAGAGGCUAAUAAAAACACAGUUGCCAUCUUUCUUCCAGCUUGCCUUUGUGUUAAUUCAGGGCAAAUACUUCCCCUUUUUGCUAUAGUUUGCUAGAAUUGUUAAACUUUAUUUGCCCUAAGGGGAAAUGCUUUCUUUCUCAGUCUUUUCUGUUUGUAAACAGCUGUUACUGUAACUUCCCAGCAGAAUGAAUAACAGUUCACAAUGUUAUUCUUACAGGUAUUAUUAUUUUUUUUUACAUGCCAGUUCAUUUUUUUUUUCAGAGAAGCUACAAUUGGCAUGGCUGUACAUAGUUAUGUGGAUUAUAUUUUUUUUUCCAGGAGAAUUGUGACGGUUAUCAGUAUUUUCUUUACACAAUUUUUAGGAUGUUCUGGUUUGAAUUUAAUGCUCCUGACAGAUGCUAAACUUAAACUAUCAAAAGCUAAAUGUCUGUGUCUGCAGAUGUGAUGUGAUAACACUGAGUGCAAAGUUCUCCACUGCGGGGGAGAGUCCAGGAGUGUCCACAAAGAGUGAGAAAGUGUUUCAGUCACUGUCCUCACUGAGCCCUUGUAGGCUGUAAAUAGAUAUAUCUGUGCAUACAAUUAGCAAAAAAUCAGCCAAAUUCCCCUGAGCUGCAGCUGCUGGGACAUCACAGAACAUCUGCCUCAGGAAAUCUGAUAUCUGAUGGUGCCUGACAACAACCAGACACCUGAUUUUAGGGUGUGGGCAGGGGUAUUCUGGAGUAAGGUUACUGUAUUUGUCACCCAACAAGCUUGAUGUUGAAACCAAAUCAUCUUCUUCAAGCUUUUGGUUCCACUACUCAUUUUCAUUUGAACAGUUAAGCUUAUGGCUGAACUUUAAACAUUUUUAUAUUAAAACUGUAACUAGUUGACAAAUCACUUUCUGCUGACUUUAUCCUUCAAAGUGUUUGUUUUAAUUAUGCCUGUAAAAUGUGACUCUUCAGAGCUUUGUUUUCCUCUUGAAGGUUGGAUCUUGUGGACCAGAACCAUGUUUGCUCAUAUUUUGUUGCAAUUUGACUCUGUUUUGAUGGUGGGGCAUCAGCUGUACUUGUCCAGAAAGUAAUAAAGGGCAGAAAGGCCUCUUUGAA